AUGUUCAACCGCGACGGCACCGACAGGGACAUCGCAGACAGGAGGGCCCUCAUCGCAGCACUACCGCGGGAGAGAGCCGAGGAGAUUGGCGAGAACGACCUGGUCUAUCUCGACCCACCGCAGACAGGCCCUAACGGACAGAAGCUGACUGACGUCCAGCAGAUCCACAAUAUUUUGGCCAUGCAGGCUCACAUCAGGAACGCGUGCGACAACGAGGACUUCAUCCUGCACGCCACCAUCGAGUACGGCAACGUCACAGAGUGCAGCAGAGCACUUCCACUGCUGUCCUACCUGGCAGACGUGCUGGUCACUCGUGGAGCCAGAGACAUGCACCCACGCAGUGGCAACCUGAUCUUCAGCGCGAACAUCCUGCGCAUGACAGCGCAGACGCGCGUAG